AAUCAUGGAUUUGAAUGAUAUAUCUGUCUAGGUCUUGUGAUAUCCUGAUUUGAAAUGGGAACCAGUACAGGGUGAUGUGGCUAAGCAUGCAUGCUUACUUCUUUUGACAUGACACAAACUGAGAAAAUGGCUCUUUGUGUGAGGAGAUCAUAUGCCUAUUCCAGGGUGGAUAAUGAAGACCCAGAUGAGAAAAUUCACCGGAGAGCUCAGUUCUUGAUCUGCAAAGUGCUGGAGCAGGCUGAUUCCCUGAGGAAACCAUCGUUCCUCAGGAUUAGGUUCUGUAGAUUAAAGGUGAAGAUUGGGAAGAGGAUGAGGAAGUUGAGGAAGAGCAUGGUGGUCAGUUUAUCUGCAGCCAGAAUUCGUCUUUACAAGAAGAUCUUAAGUCAACUGAAAGCUUGGAAGCUCUUGUUUAGCAGUGAACGAACCAAUAUUGCCUCUCUUCCUCCUCCCUUAUUCACUUGAUAGCCAUGGAUUCAAUCCUCCUUUCUGUGGGUCUAAUGUCUUGUUUGGUUUUCUUGCUUUUGCUGUAUGUUUCCUUUUUCUUACAUGAAAAGGCAUUGUCUGGUGUUCAAACCAUUAGAUAGACGACAUAGGAUCUAGGAAAAGUGAGGACCAUCAUACGACUCACAAAUCAGAUGUCAAAAGGGGAAGAGAUGUGAAACUUAAAGUGGCUAGAUUGAAGGUUUGCUAUGAAAAUUUGGCAUCACCAAAUGAAAUAAUAUUGAAAGUUACUU